CAAAAACGCCACGACCAGAGGAAUAGAAACACUACAAUUUUGAACGCGUCCCAAAGUUCGUGAGACAAUUUGAUUAUUCAGGCCCAAGACUGGUUUUCUGUAGGCUGUCGUGUAUCUACUGCGAUUCUUAAGGAAUAAUGGCAGCUCUAACAAGAGGUAUUUUUGUGGUUGGAGCAAAACGCACUCCAUUUGGCACAUUUGGUGGUAAAUUGGCUAAUCGUACACCAACUGAUUUGCAAGAAGUAGCUGCAAAAGCAGCUCUGUCAGCUGCCAAUGUUAACCCAGAACUCGUUGAUUCAGUUAUUAUUGGUAAUGUGAUUGGGUGCGCUCAUACGGAUACAAUCUAUGCUGCUCGACAUGUAGGUCUUCGAUGUGGAGUUCCCAUUAGUGCUCCAGCCCUCUCUGUUAAUAGGCUGUGUGGAUCUGGAUUCCAAUCAGUUGUGAACGGUGCCCAUGACAUCAUCAUGGGAGAUAGCAAGGUUGUAUUGACUGGAGGCACUGACAGUAUGAGCAUGGCACCAUAUGCUGUUAGGAACAUAAGAUUUGGCACCAGAUUAGGCAGUGAUCUUACAAUGGAGGACACACUCUGGGCUUCACUAACAGAUGCUUAUUGCAAAACUCCAAUGGGAGUUACUGCAGAAAACCUGGCAGAAAAAUAUAAUGUUACUCGACAAGAUGCUGAUGAUUUUGCACUAAAAAGUCAAACAAACUGGAAAAAUGCUCAGGAUAAUGGUCAUUUUACUGCUGAGAUUGCACCUAUUGCUGUUAAAACUAAGAAGGGGCCUGUUGAUAUGACAGUAGAUGAACACCCAAAGCCACAAUCUACUUUGGAAAGUGUGGCAAAGCUGCCACCAGUCUUCAAGAAAAAUGGAACUGUUACUGCUGCUACAGCCUCUGGAAUAUGUGAUGGGGCUGGAGCAGUUGUAUUAGCUUCAGAAGAAGCUUGUAAGGAGCAUGGUUUCAAGCCUUUAGCACGCUUAGUAGGUUAUGCAGUUGCUGGAGUUGACCCAACCAUUAUGGGUAUUGGUCCUGUGCCAGCUAUUCAGAAAUUACUAAAAGUUUCAGGUUUAGAACUGAAGGAUGUUGGGAUGGUUGAGAUUAAUGAAGCAUUUGCUCCACAAACCAUUGCUUGUCAAAGAGCCCUUGAUCUUGAUCCAGCCAUUUUAAAUAUGAAUGGAGGAGCAAUUGCUUUGGGUCACCCUUUGGGAGCAUCAGGUUCUCGUAUUACUGCUCAUAUUGUUCAUGAAAUCAGGCGCCGUGGAAUAAAAUAUGGCAUUGGAUCAGCUUGUAUUGGUGGUGGUCAAGGCAUUGCACUCCUGCUAGAGAGCCUUUAAGAGAUAUCUUACAUUAAUUACUACCAAUCCAUCCAAGACUGAAAAGUCCACCUUUUUAAAUGAACAUACAGUAUUUAGGUGUUCAUAAUACAUUAUUAUUGGACUUUCAUUGUCUAAGCACGUAUCAAUGCAAUUUUAUACUAAUUUUAUGCCGUAGUUUGAUUAUGUAGCCAUAAAGCUAAUCAAAUAUAUAGUAUAUAUAUUGUAUAA